UUUAAUUUGUUGAUUGGUGAUGUUAGGGCGUAAAUUAUGUGUACUAUAUUUAGCACUGAAAAUCAACAGUCUGUUGCGAUAAAAGGAAGUGUAAUAAUGUCAGUUACGCAGUGUGAUAAAAGCAAGAACACUUCGCCAGUAUGGCAAAUUCAGUUGAUAUAAGCAGAGCAAUGUCACCAGCAUUGACCAAUACACUGCGACAUAAUGCUAGCUAUCCAGGAUUUACACCUAAUGACUUUGUCCAUCACAGACGAGCAGGAUCGUCGGUUGACAUAGCUUUUGAUCUGCAAAGAGCAUCGCAGCCACCGUACCUGCAUUUAUUUCCUAGAAUGGGACCAUCACCCACCUUUUCUGUUAACUCUAGCAUGAGUUCAUUACAAAGUAAUGCCAUUGGACAGAGUACGCAUUCGUCCCUUACUCCUAGGCAACAUAGCGGUAAAGUGGAGAACAAUCCAGAUCAUGUACAGGUACCCUUAGAUGAUCUUGAGACAGACUCUGGGUUAACGUUGGACCCUGUAAAAAACUAUCCAUCUGAACAUGUGAAUGAUCUUGUGACCGACAGUGAAGACAGACCAGAUGACCUUUCAUUUGAUGAAAUUUCACUCCUAUCCAACAAUACAUCUCUCUCCAGUACUGGCAUAUUUCCAAGCAGUCACGAUCGUAGUAGCUUUCGUUUUGACGACAAAAAUGUCAGCAAAGAUAAUAAGAAGCAAUCGUCUCCGUUGAAAUCGUCUGCAUCAAAUGAGAUGCAAACAAAUGGGGAUGAUUUAGAGGUAGAUGGACAUGCAGGAACAGAGGUGAAGAUGUGUGUAGAAGCACUUGACAUGUGGCCACAGGAAAAUGGGUGUGCCUAUAAAACCAAAGCCGUGGACAUGGGCAGAAGACAGGCAAUAGUAAAACCGACUGUGAACAAGAUUGCCAGAAUAUCCAAGGAUGUUAUAUCAACAGAAUACAAACAUGACAGUUUGCAUAGAGGACGAUGUUUAAUUAUCAGUAAUUCAGAGUUUCGAGCUAAAAGAGAUCGCUCCAAAAGGACGGGAUCUUUGAGAGAUGCAAAAACUCUGAGAAAACAAUUUCAAACUUUGGGGUUUCAUCCAAUAACGUGCUCAGACGGAUCGAAAGAAAUGAUUCAUGAGAACGUGUCGCGAGAAGAAUUACUUCAAAUAUUGUCUGAAGCCACCAAUCCGUUGUUGAAUGACCACUCAGACUUUGACUGCUUUGUAUGUGUGAUCUUGUCGUACGGAGUAGCAGGCGCUGUAGUUUGCCCAGGAGAGACGGAGGAUGUAUUCGUUGAGAUAAACUCCAUUCUCGAACAUUUUACACCUCAGCAAUGUCCAUCUCUUGCCAUGAAGCCCAAACUUUUCUUCAUUCAGGGCUGUACACCAUAUGUCAUUACUGAAACACAAGCAAUGGCUUCCAGUAACUCCUCAGAGACAAUGUAUCCUACGGUGGCAAGUUCUCUCCCUUCAAUGGCAGAUUUUCUCGUACAGUUUUCGGGAGUAGAUGGCUGCCUCGGCUGGGCAAGGAAUAGACAUCGGGGGUUAUCCUUUUAUGUGCAGGCCCUGUGUAAAUGUCUGAAAGAAUUCUGUAUCUUGAAACUGGCCAAAGGUCAGAAAUCACAGGAAAUGACUUCUCUUAUUCUCAGUAUCAAUAGAGCAUUUGUGCGUAUCUUAGAAGAUGAUGACCUUAUAAUUGAUGAGGUGUUCUGUGUGCCAACAACAGUUUCUACCUUAACAAAGCGCAUGAAUUUCUAUCCAAAAAUACCUGAAAAUGACCUUGAUGUGGAUACAGGUUAAUCUUCGAAAGUGUAUCUGUAGCUCAUCAGCCUAUACAUUCUGACUGAUUGAAAACAUUGGAUUUGGCCAGAAUCACAACACCAAACUCUAAAAUUGAUUUACUUUCAGAUCAAAUUUUGCAAUGUUUAAUUCAUAAUUAGGUUAGGAGCAUGUAGACAUGUAUUAAACCCUUUCACCACUGUAGACCAUAAUAGACUCAUCCAGAUCAGUUAUGCAUAGUAGAGUCUACUAAAGUUACAUAUAGGGUUGAAAGGGUUAAUUAGUCCGAAUGUAUGUGCCAGUUAAUUAUGAGCUGCAUAUAUUAAGGGUCAUCAAAAACAAUUGGCCAUAUUUAUUGAUGGAUGUUCAAGGAAUAAUCUUAUGUGAUGAUAUAUAUAUGAUCUUUUAUGAAAAUUUGAUAUCCGGAAACUUGAGAGUGAGGAAAAGUGUCAAAUAUGAAAGUAUGCUGUUUGCAGAUUCAUAGACAUUGAUGAAUAUAUGUAGCAGAACUGGACUGGGAAAGUAUGCCGUUUGCACUUCCAUAAAUAUGAUUCAUAGACAUUGACGAAUAUAUGAAGCAGAACUGGACUGGGUCAGUCACUGUGACCAGGUAGCUGAAUUGGUGGAGUGUCUGUUAGGACGGUCCAGGGUUUAAAUCUGGUCUGGCCUUGCAUUUCUCUCCUGUUACAUUGGCACCAUGGGUUGUAAAGAGCGAUGGCAAAGACUUAGAAAAAGAGAAAGGAAUGUAGCAGAACUAAACUGGGUUGAUCACCGGCUACCAUCUGGUAACUCGAUUGGUAGAGCGACCAUCUAGAGUUUGGAGGGUCCCAGUCUGGUCAUGCAUUUCUCUUUCCUCUCCUGUUGCGUACAAAAACAGACUGAUAUUUGUAUAUUAUAAUAAACUUGGGUUGUGCAAUUUUACUGCCACAU